CCCUUAGCUUCUGCCCAUAGAUGCCUCAUCAACUCUGUCUCAUUACGUGCACAUGCCAUACGUGGGUCAGGACUGAGGAAUUUUCAAGUCUUUCAUCAUAGUGAUGCACCUCUUACUGUUCAGAGCUCCACCCCUACCCAUAAGCAGCUGCAUGGGCAAGGAAUAGGCAGAAUCUGCAUUAAAUGUGGUGAAUCUUAUGCGUUCCUAAGAGAAACAUUAUGGAAAGAGUUGGAAGUUUUGUAACUCCAGUCAUGUCUGAAACUGAGCAGACCAUCCCCGGGCUCCCCAGCACCAAGGAGUGUGUGCCCGCGGGAUGCCAUGUGCAGGAGUGCUUUGGGGCCUUGUGUGUCCUCCACUGGGCACAGGGCUGUCUGUCCCCAUGGCUGCUCCACAGGGUAAGGAGCUGAAUGCCUGCCAGCAUGGCUCUGUGUUUGUGUGGCUCUUCUCAAUCCUUUGCAGUUGAGAGAGGCACAGAUACCAGUAAUUGCCUCUGCGUUUUUCACUGUGGAACUGACGAGAAUUAACACAUCACUACAGUGGAAUUCUUCUGUCAUGAUACGCUCCCAUUUAACUGGUGUGUUUUUCUUCCCAGUUUUCCCUAAGCUUUUUUUUUUUUUUUAACCCCAAAUCAACAGCAGGAGAUGGAGCUGCUGCAGCUAUUUACAUUAAGGUGCUAUUUACAAGGUUUCUUCUCCAGCUUUCUGCCACCUCCUCAUUCCCAGCAAACAAGGUGCAUUAUCCUCACAAAUCCCGACGCUCCUCAAGAGCCAUCUCAUGUGGCAGAAGGUGAGAAAGUUCAAGAGCACAAAGGAAAACCUGUGUUGCUGAGAAACAGGGACAGUGACCACCUGUAAGAAUAACAUCAGUUAAGUAUUUUGAGAUCCCAAACUUAACAGAAAUGGCUUUUGUUGUUGUAUUAAGGAAGCUACCAUGAAAUGUAUGGGUUUUCUUUCAUAAAAGAAAGGUUAGCUGUGAUUAGUGACUGCUGUGGAAAUAUCUUAGCUUGGUUAUCUCCAAAAGGAAUUACUUGCAAAAUUCUCCUCAACGCUGGGGGGCUGCAUAGCAAUGUUUACUGCAGAUCUGGGAAGUUGUCUCCUUGAGGAUGCUCGGACUGUGUAAAAUACUCCACCUAGUGACAGCAGUUGGAUGUUUUAACAAAAUCCCGCAACAAAUAAGGGAAACUCUGCGUUGGAUACUUCAGUCCUGGAGCCCUUUGUCUCACAAGUUUGCCGUGUUAUUUCAUGCAGUUGUCCAACACUUUAAUUUGCCUUCUGUGCUUCUCUAGAGAGACAGUCACCCACCAAUUUGUUAAAUACUUCCCACAACUUACACAUCUUUAUGUCACUAUGCAGGCAUGAACUUCAUGAAGUUCAGUCACAUCAAUGUUGGCAGGUUUUAGGCAGCAGGAUGAGCUGGGCCAGGCUGCAUAAGGGCUGCAUGCUGUGCCCCCUAUAGGGCAUGCUGCAGCACAGUGAGGAGCCCUGGGAGCACUCUUAAUAAAUAGACACUGGAGUACACUGGGUGUUCCUGGGAGGGCCUCUAGGGCACCUUAGAGCUCACUUGGGGGGCUGUAUUUGUACUACUGUGGUCUUGAGUAAGCUUGAGGAGUCCUGGGGGUCCUCUGUUGCAUGCUAAGGACACUAUAGCGCACCAUAGGUGUUAUGGGAGCAUUCCAGUGUGUCUUAGACUGCAGAGGGAGGAUCUGAAUGUCUUCUAGGGCACACUGGGAAGCCUCUAGUGUGGCUUAGAGCACAUUCAGGGUCUCUGGGAGUGCUCCAGCAUGCCCUGGAGUACCCUGGGGGACUCUAUGGAGUCCUCUAAGUGCACGCUAGGAAGCUUCUAGGACAAACUAGAACACAGAGGAUGUAUUUAUUGACCCAGGGAGGCCUCUACAGCCUGUAGAAAGCAGUGAGGUUUCUUUCUUUGGAGUCUUAUGCAUCUAAGUGCACAGAGGGGGCUAUAAAACAUGCUGGGCAGUUGCAGGAAUCUCCUAUGGUGUCUAAAAUACGCUGGAGUGCCUUGCUGGCCUCUAGGGCAAAUGAGGAAGCCUCUAGUGCACCCUACAGCACAGGGACAAGCUCUGUGAUUUUUCUGGUUCGCUGCCUAUCUCUGCUUACCAGUGGUGGUGAAGUGCGAUGGUGGGGAACACUGAGGCACAGAGACACGGAGGAGCUCAGUUGUUGGGGCUGCAGUACUGUGUAGCCAUGCUGGGUGUCCAGCUGGGAUGAGGGAUCAGUGACUUGUGUGUUGUGGCUUUUCCAAAGGGUCAGAAAGGGCUCUGCCCUGUGGGCCUGUUGGGGAUACAGCUCUGAGCUGCUGAGGCUGCUGUGACCCCAGGACAGGGUCAGUUCUGUAGGGCCUGAAGCUGCAGCCCUCACAUGCCCGGUUCAUCUGAGAGCUGUUUAAACUGUCACCUCCUUGGAACAGGAACUCAUCGCUUCCUGCUUCACAGAGCGCUGAGCUGGAUGUCAGCUCUUGUUUAACGGAGAAGAAUAAGAUUGCAAUAAGCCUGAUGGAUAAAAGGCAGGAAAAAGUCCCAGCUAUGAGAAAUCAACCUUCGUGGAAGCAAACCACAUGUGGAGAGCAAAUGCUGGAGAAAGAAACACAGCGAAACACAACAAGUGGAAAAAAUUCACUUAUUACCUAAGUAAACAGAGGGGUAAUUUGUUGGAGUAACAGCGUGAGCUGCUCUGUACUGUAUAUCUGAACAAGAAUUCAUUGCUCAGAGAAGAGCAGAUGACUUUAUAAGACACUGUGUGGUUGUUCUGGGAAAUGUUAGUUAUUUACUGUUGGUAUAGUAACAAUCACCCCAGUAAUGCUGCAGCAAGCUCAGAGGAACAUGUAUGGCGUAAAGCAAGUACAAAAUAUGCUGGGUCUGUGUCCCAUAUUUCAGGUAGAUUAAAAGCAGUCGUGGAUUCUUUUAUCAUUAUUAUUAUUAUUGUUUGAAUAGUACUUAUCCUCUGGGAGAACAAACAUCUUAAAAUUCAUUUGGAUCAACACACAGAUGCCAAUAGGCAGUUGGCCAGGCUCUGCUGUGCAUACUUGGGUUUGAAAAAUACUUCCUUUCCUGCCUUGGAGACAAAAACGCCUUUUACUCUCAGUGUUUUGAUUGUUCAUUUUUUAAAGCAAAUGACAGCAAGUUACUUAAAAGAUUGUUAAUAGGCUUUGCUCUCUGCUUUCAAUUAAAGGCACAGCGUCAGCGUGCAGCACUGGACCCUUGAGGAACGUCAGUGUUUGUGUAGUCUUGUUUAAAUUGGGUAACUAAAGCUGGAAGUAAAGAAUGUUUCAUGACAUGUUGAUACAACUAAACCUUAACCCUCCUGACUGCCUUGUGCCUCACUCCGUGCUUAUCGCAAGGAAGCUGAUGUAAUGCUGCCGACUAAGCCAGCGUUCUUGCACCUUCCUAAAUAUGCUCAUGCUCUGAUAGAUCUGCUUACACCUUCUGUUCUCUUCCCUGUUGUUUUUUGACUGGGAUGUGCUUUAUUUGUUUAUGCUGUCCAUGCCAUUUAAAGAGUGACCGUACCAGAAUUUAAACUACAUUAUCAGCCUCAUGUUCUGAACCUGAAUGUUGCUUUGUUUAGACUGCAGCUACCACUGCAGGGAGGGCACAAAGACUUGGGUCAGACUGGAGAUUCUGAAUGCAGCUGAUUCUAAGUUGUGAGUCCUGCAGUGGAAUUUCUUUCCUCCGAAAGCACCAGAAAACCAGAGUGACAGAAGCAGUGGCUGCCUUACACCACUCUGUUCCUCUAUCAGAAGACUGGGGUGAGCCGGGGGAUCUCCCAGCAUCAACACACUGCUGUCCCCUCCCUGAAAACACAGCGUUAAUCUUCUUGUAUGGUUUCAGGGUGCUGUGAUAAAGAGGAGCAAGCAAAUCCAUUCUGGAUCUCCGAAUCAGUGAGAUUAAGCAGCCAGCUUUGCUUUGUUGUUGUUGUUGUUUCAGUAGAAGCACACUUCCCACAGCAACUUCUGCAACUUACACGUGGCACAGAGGAGGAUCGGUUCCAGUUGAUAUGAGCCUGGAAGAAGAGAGGGAGGAAAUAACUUAAUUGCUUUAGACUUCAGUUCAGCUUGAGAAUACAGCAAGAAGGUCAGAUUCUUGGUGAGGAGAGAUCCUCUGCAGGUCUUGUGAAGGGGCGAUGCCAGCCGGCGGCCGGGAGCUGCUGGUGCUGGUGCUGCUGGCGCUGGGCUGUGCCGCCACCAUCGACUUCGAGGGUGUCGUGGGAAGGAGGCGCCCACCGGGCCCGGCCUCCGGCUGCCCCCGAGACUGCGGCUGCACCCAGGAGGGCGUCGUGGAUUGCGGUGGCAUCGACCUGAAGGAGUUCCCGCUGCUGCUGCCUGAGCUGACCAACCACCUCUCGCUGCAGAACAACCAGAUAGAAGAAAUCUUUCCAGAAGAGCUUGCUCGUCUUCACAGAUUGGAAACUCUAAAUCUGCAAAACAACAGGCUGACUUCAAAAGGGCUGCCUGAGGAAGCAUUUGAGCAUCUGGAGAACCUGAAUUACCUAUACUUGGCAAACAAUAAGCUGACAGUGGCUCCAAAAUUCCUACCAAAUACCUUGAUCAGUGCGGAUUUUGCAGCCAAUUAUCUCACUAAGAUAUAUGGGCUCACAUUUGGACAGAAACCAAACUUGAGAUCCGUUUAUCUUCAUAACAACAAGCUUUCAGAUGCUGGCUUACCUGAUAAUAUGUUCAAUGGCUCAAAUAAUGUGGAGAUACUCAUCAUGUCCAGCAAUUUCCUGAAAUAUGUUCCAAAGAAUCUCCCUCCAGCAUUAUACAAAUUACAUUUAAAGAACAACAAACUAGAGAAGAUUCCCAAAGGAGCCUUCAGUGAACUUACAGGCUUGAGGGAGCUCUACUUACAGAAUAACUACUUGACUAAUGAAGGAAUGGACAACGAAACUUUCUGGAAACUGUCUAGUCUUGAAUAUCUGGAUUUGUCCAGCAAUAACCUCUCACAAAUCCCAAGUGGUUUGCCUCGAAACAUCAUCCUCCUUCACCUGGAGAAGAAUGCAAUUAAGGUGAUUGGCAGAGAUGUUCUGACCCAAAUUAAGAACCUUGAGUAUCUCCUGCUCCAUAAUAACAAGUUAAAAGCUCGAGGUAUUCACCCAUCAGCCUUCCAGGGCUUGAAGAAACUGCACACCGUCCAUCUGUACAACAACCUCCUGGAAAGGAUUCCCAGUGGGCUGCCUCGACGGGUGAAAACACUCAUGAUCCUGCAUAACCAGAUCUCUGAGAUUAACAGGAAUGACUUUGCAACCACUUACUUCCUUGAAGAGCUGAACCUGAGCUACAAUAAGCUCAAAAGUUCCCAGAUCCAUCGGGAGGCCUUCCGUAAACUGAGGCAGCUAAAGUCCUUGGAUCUUUCUGGAAACAACCUCAACACGGUGCCCUAUGGCUUUCCAAAGAACUUGCAGGUUCUGAAGCUGAAGGAAAAUGAGAUAAGUGACAUCCCAAAAGGGACUUUGUCUGGGAUGACAAAACUGCGGGAACUGUAUUUGAGCAACAAUAAACUGAAAGUAAACUCAAUUUAUUCAAGAGCAUGGAGGGAGCUCAGCAGUCUCCAGUCACUAGACAUGGCUGGCAACCAGCUGACUUCCAUCCCAUCAGACCUGCCAGAAUCUCUGGAGUAUCUGUAUCUUCAGAACAACAAGAUCACAGUUGUUUCAGAGACCGUUUUUGAGUCCACACCCAAACUAAAGGGAAUUUACCUCAGGUUUAAUAAGAUUGCAGUUGGAGCACUGAAGGUAAAUACCUUCCAAAGUCUACAGCACUUACAAGUACUGGAUAUUGAAGGGAACCUUGAAUUCAGCAACACUUCAAAGAAUAAGGAUGACUCAGAAGAGGAAUUAGAAGAUGAGGAAGAUGAGGAAAACUGAGAUAAAACAUGAACUCACACAGGCACACUAUGCGGAAGCAAAGCAUAUGGAAAAUUACAUAUAUUUCUAUGUGUAUAUAUCUAUAUAGAUAUAUAUAGAACACUUAGCAGAAUGUGCAAUGAAUUAUCCAGAAACUGUCAUGGCACUGGGCCAGGCUUAUGGAAGACAGUGUGUUGCAGUGCCUUAUUCAGGGAGAGACCCUGAAUGCCUUUCCAAAGCUUCCAAAUCAUCUUAUACAAGACCCAGGAUCAUAAGGGAUUGCUUUGGAACUCACAAAAGCUGGCUUUUGUUCCUUGUUUCUCUUCCUUCACUGUUUCCAUCUGUAAUAACAAUACGGGACUGUUUUGAACACAUGCCUUCAAAUGCUGUUUUUGUCACUGCAUUUUAAGUGAACUAUGUAUUAUGCUUCUUUUCUUUUCUUGCACCCCAAAGAAGCUGUUGUUGAUCAGACGAGAUGGAUAUUUGCAGUAGUUUCAUGUGUGGAGCAGUAUAUGAAGCAUUUGGGUCAUCAAGCAGCUGCAAUAAGUCUGGAUUAAACUAUUCAUCUGUUAGAACAAUGUGUAUAUUUGGAUGAGAAAAACAAAAUAAGGCUGGAUCCCAUAAUAUUUUGUCUCUACUGCCACUGCCUGCAGUAUAUGCCUGUUUUAGAAAGUUUUUAAGACACAACAACUGGUCUUAUGAAUAUAUAUAUAAAAAAACCUAUGCCUACUUCCCAGAGGUUUAGUAUAGUUUGUGCCUUGCUGUUGUUUGACCACAUGGCAGUUGUGUGGAUGUCUUGGAAGACACGUCCAGAAGGUUGAGUAUCAGUAUGCAGUAUGAUUUAUGCAGUAGCAUUUUUUUACGUAUUUUAUAUCAUUUAUGAUAAGAAUCAGAAGUGAGACUUAAUGAAGCAAAAGAGAUAAAUGAGUGAAAACUGUGAAGUGUCAACAGAAAAUUGUUUAUUUGAAGUCUUGUGACAGAACUUGUUCUCAUAAUCUCCUGAUUUAAACCCUCACUGUGGAGUACUUUCAGCUUCUGUCCAAAUCAUGGAAAAUAAACCCAGAAAAAGAAGAUUUACAGAGGUACUGGGAUGGCAGGGUUCCUAUUUGUUUAUAAUAGCCUUCAUCUGAGGUGGCUAAUAUGUUUGAGGAAAUGCUCUUUUCUUUUGAGGAUUUCUGGUCGAACACAUGUUGUUUUGCACGCUGUAUUCCAGGAUUUACUUGGAAACAGUUGGCCUGCUUUUUAACCAGCUGUUUUUCCUGAUGGUGAAGACUUAAUUCCACACUCUCCCUUUGGGGUCAUGUAGCACAUGACGGUAAUUUCAAGCUGAUAUUUUCUUAGACAAUUUAAGAUGGUCUUAAGUCACAGAAGGAAAGAUUAGUUAUAGAAAAAAACAACAAACAACCCAUAAUGUGGCCCUGAACAUUUACAAACAAAAAGCAACCAACAUAUCAAAUACAUUUUUUUAAUAUCAGCUGUACAGAUGAGCAAUAGAAUAGCAUUCUGACUUUUGGGAUAGAUUUGUACGUGAAAUAUUUACAGAAUGGAGUUCAAAUGAAUGAGUAGUUUCUAGUGGCAAACCCUGGUGGCAAGUUUUGCUAGUCCUUGGUGAAAUAGCUCUAUUUAUUAUACUCAUAAGCUGACCAUUUGCACAAUUACACAGUU